GGCUGUGACGCGACGCCGGCGCCGGGAGCGCGCGCCACGAGGCGCUCCGGGAAAGGAGUGGAGAGUCCAGGAACCCGGUGGCCGGGAUGCUGCGUGCUCGCGGCCGCCGGGUCCCGGGAGCCGCCGCCGGCCAAGCAGGAAGUCUCUGACUCCAUGAAGACCCCAGCCUUGAUUCUGUCAUUGUGGAUGACAAGUGCUGACUCCCACAGCAUUGCCUUCUCGCUGGCCUUUCAGUAUGGGGAGGAUUGGCAUUUCCUGUCUUCUUCCUGCUUCUUGGCAUUUCAGUAUCUCCCCAGCUGGCUGUCCUCGCGUUCUGAACACCAAUUUGCGCCAAAUCAUUGUCAUUAGCAUCCUGGCUGCUGCUGUCUCACUUUUAUACUUUUCUGUUGUCAUAAUUCGAAACAAGUAUGGGCGGCUAUCCCGGGACAGGAAGUUUCAAAGGUACCUGGCCAGGGUCACGGACGUUGAGGCUACAGAUACGAACAAUCCCAACGUGAACUAUGGCAUUGUGGUGGACUGUGGCAGCAGUGGCUCCCGGGUAUUUGUCUACUGCUGGCCUCGACACAACGGCAAUCCUCAUGACUUGCUGGAUAUCAGACAGAUGAGGGACAAAAACCGAAAGCCGGUGGUGAUGAAGAUUAAACCUGGCAUCUCAGAGUUUGCUACCUCUCCAGAAAAAGUCAGUGACUACAUUUCUCCACUUCUGAGCUUUGCUGCAGAGCAUGUACCACGGGCGAAACACAAAGAGACACCCCUCUACAUUCUCUGCACAGCUGGAAUGAGAGUCCUUCCGGAAAGCCAGCAGAAGGCCAUUCUGGAAGACCUCCUGACCGACAUCCCCCUGCACUUUGACUUCCUGUUUUCUGACUCCCACGCCGAAGUCAUUUCAGGGAAACAAGAAGGUGUGUAUGCUUGGAUCGGCAUUAAUUUUGUCCUUGGACGGUUUGAGCAUAUCGAAGAGGAUGACGAGGCGGUUGUAGAAGUCAACAUUCCUGGUAGCGAGAGCAGUGAGGGCAUCAUCCGGAAAAGGACAGCAGGGAUUCUUGACAUGGGAGGCGUGUCCACUCAGAUAGCGUACGAAGUCCCCAAAACUGUAAGCUUUGCCUCCUCACAGCAGGAGGAAGUAGCUAAAAACUUGUUAGCUGAGUUUAACUUGGGCUGUGAUGUCCACCAAACUGAGCAUGUGUACCGAGUCUAUGUGGCCACGUUUCUUGGGUUCGGUGGCAAUGCUGCUCGACAGAGAUAUGAAGACAGACUAUUUGCCAACACGGCUCAGAAAAACAGGCUCCUGGGUAAACAGACUGGUCUGACUCCUGAUGCUCCAUACCUGGACCCAUGCUUGCCCUUGGACAUUAAAGAUGAGAUCCAGCAAAAUGGGAAGACCCUGUACCUGCGGGGGACGGGAGAUUUCAACCUAUGUCGAGAGACCCUCCAGCCUUUCAUGAACAAAACCAAUGAGACACAGACUUCCCUCAAUGGAGUCUACCAGCCCCCCAUUCACUUCCAGAACAGUGAAUUUUAUGGCUUCUCCGAAUUCUACUAUUGCACCGAGGAUGUCUUGCGAAUGGGGGGAGACUACAAUGCUGCUGCGUUCACUAAAGCUGCCAAGGAUUACUGUGCAACAAAAUGGUCGAUUUUGCGGGAGCGCUUUGACCGAGGACUUUAUGCCUCUCACGCUGACCUCCAUCGGCUUAAGUAUCAGUGUUUCAAAUCAGCCUGGAUGUUUGAGGUGUUCCACAGGGGCUUCUCCUUUCCUGUCACCUACAAAAGCCUCAAGACUGCCUUGCAGGUGUACGACAAGGAAGUGCAGUGGACGCUAGGGGCGAUCCUUUACAGGACCCGCUUUCUGCCCUUGAGAGACAUCCAGCGGGAGGCAUUCCGGGCCAGCCACACACACUGGCGGGGAGUGUCCUUUGUCUACAACCACUACUUGUUCUCUGGCUGUUUCUUGGUGGUCCUGCUGUCCAUCCUCCUCUACCUGCUGCGGCUGCGGCGCAUCCACAGGAGGGCGCCCCGAAGUGCCUCUCUGUGGAUGGAGGAAGGCCUGCCCUCCCAGAAGGGGCCUGGUCCCUUGUGAGCCACUGUGUCAGCUCCAGGAAGACUCUACGGGAAUAGCCAUUUUUGCUCAGGGUUUCUCUGUAUGUGCCGAUGGUUUUGUUCCCCUUUCUGCUAAAUCCACUGUUGUAAGCCCUGUUGUCUGUAGGUACUGCCAUUUUGGGUACAGCUUUAAAUGGAGGAGAAGGGAAGAGGGAAACUCACUUGAUUUGUGCUGCAUAGGAUAUCUGUCAAAAGUUAGUAAGAUUUUUGGCUUUCAUUAAGAUAUGCUACAUUUUCAUCAGAUGCACUUUGAUACAGGGGGGAAGUGGGCAAGUUAUUUUAUAUCAGUAUCAAUGGGACUGAGGAGUAAUGCUUGCAUAAAAUCAAGGAACAAAUUGUGAUCAUCUUCUCUGAAAACCUCCAACCUAAAAGGGCAGAUGUUAUUUACUUCUCAGUCCUGUCACUAUCCAACUUUUCCUUGAAAAUCAAAAAAUUCAGUCAUUCGUGCAAAAAUUGGCACCAGAAGAUAAUUAUUUUCAAAGUUAACAGUGAAGAGUCAUGAAAGAUGUGAAGUGCUGCCAAGAGCUGUGUGUAUGGCAAGGGCUGGACCCAGAGGGCCCUGCAGGGCUCCUCCUAGCAGAAGCACACCCUUGAUGCUUGUAAAGUGUGUUUGGAAAGCUCAGUGGCUGUAAAGUCUGACCACAGCAGUGAUUUUCUUCAUCCCAGCUUACAGCUGCCUUCCAACACUUGGGGGUUUUUGUUUGUCCUUUUGUUUUGUUUUGUUUUUAAAUGGAAAGUUCAUAGUUGCAAUGGUCUCACCAUUUUGAGAAUUAGAGCCGUGCCUGCUCCAGGCGCCAGCUUCCAUUGAGCAUGUUUUCACUUCCAGUUUCUUCCACUUUCCCCUAGUUCAAACAGUCACCAUGUUUUUAUUUGUGAUGCCCCACACUCUGCUUGGCAGUUUGCAUUGUCACUCUUGGUAGCAACUGUCAUUGGUAAUGCCACUGUAAGUUCACACCCAUGGAAAAGUCUGAAUUUAACCCAAGAAAUAAAUGCACAUGUUGAAAACAAAUCUGACGUUUUAAGCAAAAACCUUAAAAGGACAAUUGGAUUGGCAGAUGUGAGAUGUGGGCAGGCAGGGGAUGCUUGUCUGUUUGUUUGUUUUAAACUAUUCAAUUCGUUUAGAAAUUUGGGAAUUAUUUCACAUAGGGAUAUUUUUUCCAGUUCUUUUUGGUUUGGGGGUAGUAGUACAUCUACUUCCUAGGUCCAGAACAGUUCAAGUCAAGCAGUUGGUAGCAAAUGGGUAUUUUCAGAACUAAUAGCUGCUUAUUAAAAAAUCAUUUAUUAGAGAAAGAAUGCAGAGUAAAGGCCUAUGUAGCCAUAGGAAAAAAAGGUACGGCACUCUGUAUUUUUUUAAGUAAAGGGUGUUGGUUUGGUCCUGCUCUGUGUAGUUUGAGACAGACAAAAGAGCUCUCCUUCUAUCCCAUCCCAAGGGACCCUGCUGUAAGGACCACCUCACUCUCCAAAGAAAUCCCCCAGUCAGGGUUCCAAGUCUCAAACUACCACAUACCAUGUUCUUUGGAUAGCAAACAUGUCCAAGGUCCUAGGAGACCAUUGCAAAUCUAGAACUUUUAAAAGGAUUUUUUUUGAACAAAAGAAAAAAAUAUUAGGCAAAGCAGCACACCCCCUGUAAUUCCAACAUGGGGAGGCUGAGGCCAGAGAAUCAAGAGUUAAUGCCAGCCCGAGCUAUAUAGGUCCUGUCUCAAAAGAAAAAAAAGAAAAUUGAAGAAUAUUCAAUAGACUAUAUUUGACCUCGUAAGGCCUAAAUAUUUGCAAAUAUCCCUUUAUAGAAAAAUUUACUGACUGUGUUGCCUUUCUGUUUCUAUAACAAAUUCCUGAGAUAAUCAAUUUAUAAGAGAAAAGGUUUAUUUGUCUCAUGGCAUCCAAAGUUCCAGUUCAUGAUCAUGUGGCCAUGGUAUUUCAGCAUGUGGUGAGGUAGCACAUCACAGCGGCAGAGCAAAACCACCCGCUUCAUAGCCUGGGGCAAAAGCCAGAGGAAGAUGAGGGGCCCCCAUUCCCCUUCAGGGGCGCAUUCCUGGUGACCUGAAGACAUCCUGCUAAGCCCCACCCCUUAAGGGCCCUUCUGCCUCAUGUAAUGUCAAGCUGGGUACUGAGCCCCUAACAUACAAGCCUUUAGGGAGCAUUCUAGAUCCUAGCUGUGGCAUUGACCCUACAACCUAGCAACCUGAUUCAGCAAGGGAAAUAAACCGCAGCACUGUUGUGGUUACUGUCCAUUUCACAGAUGGGAGGAGAAGUGACCACAUGUGGUUCUUAAAAUACCUGCUUAGACAUAUUUCUCAUCUUUAUAUGUAAAUCAUUUUCAAGGUGGGGUUUCUGCCAAAUCAGGAAACCUAUUCUUCCCAACUUUAACAAAAAAAGCUCCUUAGGAAUCUAGUAUGCUGUUGGGGGUCCUCAGUCAGAGCAGCCCCUAUUCAGAGGUGGUCUGCAGUUUCUCACAGCUGUUUAGACCUUGCAGACCACCCAGUACUUUAAAGAUGUGGUCAUGUGUGAGAGAGCUAAGGCAAAGCUGCUUCAGGAAAAAGAUUCUUAUCACUCCGUUACUGGCGGGGAAGCCAGUGACCCUGCUCACUUAGAGUAGAAUGCAGAAGAAAUGGGACGGAGACCUUGCUAGGAAGCUUUUUCAAAAGAACACAUUCUGUGUGAAAGCCUGACAGACCCUGACAGUUAUGCUUAUGCCCUGUAGCCCUGUUGGAGCAGCUCUGUUUUCAACCCUUGAGGGUGCUUUCAGAUUUUAGGUACAUCAUAGAAAAACAUAAACAAGGAAGUUUGUACCCUUGAGUUUUGCACAUUUCACCCCUAAGUCGCUGGCUUUAGGGGUUCUUUCUCCUGGAGGAUCAGAUGAUGGAGAUGCUGCUGGAUUAAGGGCAGUGUGGUCAGGACUCUGCCUGACCACCCUGAAGUCUUUGAUCACUCUUUCACAGUGUCAUGCAUACCUGUGCAAUGUGCUGUAACCAGCUCUUGAGCAGAUACUCAGUUUUUAAAUUCAGGCCUACAUAGGUUAGCUUUCCUUAUAAGGAGCGUGUGUGCAUCAGUAAGAAACUGAAAAAGGCAAGUGUGUUUUCCAAUCUUUAAAAAGAAACACCAACUCAGCUUUAGUGCAGUGCAGCAAAACUACCUGUGCACGAAUUAUUCAUGUCAGCGUUUUGUUUUCUCUCAAGUUCUUUUCCUUUCGAUAACGAAUGAUGUGACCAACCUGGGGGAAAUCUUUGUGGCUAAGGUUAUGUUUUACAGUUAGGUACAUUGUAGAAAAACAUAAGGAAGUUUCUUAACUAAAGAAGCGCCUUUGAAUGUUUGGUUUUUUUAAGUGUUGUUUUCCUUCAAAGUAAGAACCAUUAUCUUGGGAAGCAAUCAUGGUGUCGAGUCGCUUUCCACAUCUGGCAGCCUCCUGUUGUACACUUCGACUUGGAUGAUUGUUGAAAAUAAAAGCUCAUCCAGUGAACUGUAGACCCAAAUUAAUAAAAAAUAAAUUGAAUCUGAA